CCAUUAGGAAACGAGUGUCAACAUGCUGUUCCCAGAUAGGCCAGGCUACAUGUAGCCCACUGUAUGGAGAGUUUGAUGUAUGAGGAAAAGCUAUGACCCAACAUGCGUUAAGCAAGUCGAGAAUGAGGAAAGGCAUUCAAGUUGCGAAGUGAACAAGCCCACAGGGAACACACACGGCUCAUGUCAAGUCGGCUCCGUUACUCUCCAGCCAUGGGAACUUUAUCAGACCGUCCAGUGAUACUGUUUCUCCUAAUGUUGGCAGCAUCAAAGGUUUUCGGUUCCAACAUCUGCACAUCACAGGGAGUCACCACUUGUCAACGGUGCCUGGCUGUUCACCCUACCUGUGCAUGGUGCUCUCAAGAGGAGUUUGGAAAAGGGGGAUCCAGCGCAUCCCGCUGUGACCUGAAGCAGAAUCUGCUGAAUGGAGGGUGCAGUAAGACAGCUGUGGAGUUUCCCUCCAGCACCCUGAGUAUUCAGGAGAACAAACCGCUCAGCGACAAGGCCUCGGGUACUGCUGAUGAUGUCACACAGAUAAAGCCUCAGAAAAUCCAUAUGGCACUAAGGCCAGGAGAUACCAAGCAUUUCACCGUGUCAGUGAAACAGGUGGAGGAUUACCCAGUGGACCUCUAUUAUCUGAUGGAUCUUUCAUAUUCAAUGAAGGAUGACUUGGCUCGCCUUCGCACCUUGGGCAAUGAGCUUGCAGUGGCCAUGGGCCGCACCACAAGCAACCUACGCAUGGGGUUUGGAGCCUUUGUGGACAAGACCACUUCCCCUUACAUGUACAUGUAUCCUCCAGAGGCAGUCCAAAACCCUUGCUAUGGAAUUCACGACACAUGCCUGGCUCAAUUUGGGUUCAAGCAUGUCCUGUCACUGACGGAGAGGGUGGCUCGCUUCACUGAGGAGGUGGGGAAACAGCAGGUGUCUAGAAAUAGAGAUGCUCCAGAGGGUGGAUUUGAUGCUGUCAUGCAGGCUGUGGUUUGCAAGGACAAGAUUGGCUGGCGUCCAGAUGCCUCGCACCUUUUGGUAUUCACCACGGACGCCAAAACUCACACAGCCCUGGAUGGACGUAUAGCUGGAAUUGUCCAGCCCAAUGAUGGAGUGUGUUACCUUGAUAAUGAAAAUGUUUACAACAAAUCCACUGUGCUGGACUAUCCCUCUUUGGCACUCAUGACAGACAAAAUGUCUGAAAACAACAUCAAUCUAAUUUUUGCUGUGACCAGCUAUGUGGUGCCGCUUUACCAGGAGUACAGUCAGCUCAUUCCAGGCACAACUGUGGGAACUCUUUCCGAUGACUCUGGGAAUGUUAUUCAGCUCAUUGAGGAUGCCUAUGCGAAAAUUCGCUCUAAAGUGGAGCUGGAACUACUGGGAGUACCAGAAGAGCUGAAUCUCUCCUUCAAUGCCACUUGCCUAAACGGAGAGGUCAUCCGUGGACUUAAGUCUUGCUCUGGCCUCAAGAUUGGAGACACAGUGUCAUUCAGUGUGGAGGCUCAGUUGCGUGGCUGCCCCAAAGAGAAGAGCCGCACUUUUACCAUCAAACCUCGAGGCUUCAAGGAUACCCUGGAAGUCACGAUGGACUUUGCUUGUGGCUGCGAGUGUGAGGCCAAGGCCGAAGCCAACAGUCCCAUCUGUAGCAACGGCAAUGGGACCUACGAGUGCGGUGUGUGUCAGUGUCACCAGGGUCGUCUGGGCCCUCGCUGCGAGUGCUCAGUGGAGGACUACAGUCCGUCUGAUGAUGCCAACUGCAUCCCAAAGCCAGAGGGGCCACGCUGCAGUGGGAGAGGAGACUGUUUGUGUGGACAAUGUUCAUGCCAUGCAAAUGAGUUUGGUCAGGUGUGGGGCAAAUAUUGCGAAUGUGACGACUUCAACUGCUUGCGCUUCAAAGGGUUACUGUGCUCCGACCAUGGGAAGUGCAGCUGUGGCCUCUGCCAGUGCGACGCGGGCUGGAAAGGAGAAAACUGUAACUGCUCCACACGCAUAGACACCUGCAUGUCCAACAUCGGCAUGCUGUGCAGCGGCCGGGGUAACUGUGAGUGUGGUGUUUGUCAAUGCACUCAGCCUGGCGCCUAUGGAGAGACCUGUGAGAAAUGCCCUACGUGUCCUGAUUCCUGCACUAUAAAAAAGGAGUGUGUUGAGUGUCAGCACUUCAAGAGAGGACAGUACACCAAAGACAACAGCUGCAGUAGAUUCUGCAAAGAUGAGAUUAAAGUAGUGGAUGAACUGGUUUUCCAUGAUAGACUUGCAGUGAAUUGCUCAUACAAAGAUGAGAAUGACUGCGUGGAGUACUUCCAGUAUUACGAAGACGAAAGUGGCAAAUCCAUUCUGUUUGUGGUGAAAGAGCCAGAAUGUCCUCAGGGUCCAGACAUCUUAGUGGUGCUCUUGGCAGUGGCUGGAGCCAUCCUGCUACUGGGCCUUGUUGGCCUGCUCAUCUGGAAGCUGCUGGUCACCAUCCACGACCGCAGAGAAUUCGCCAAGUUUGAGGAAGAGAGAGCCAAAGCCAAAUGGGAUACGGCUAACAACCCUUUGUAUAAAGGAGCCACCUCCACCUUCACCAAUGUAGCAUACCGAGGCAACUAACGACUAAAUGCAAUGAGCAAAACUCAGGGGUCAGCCACAGAGAUGGAAUGAAGUAGCAAAGAAAUGGAUGGAAAGAAGAUCUACACUGUAGCUGAAAAGUAGUUAUUGCUGUCAAUAAUGAUAACAAUGGUGUAAUAAUUGUACAUAUUGUAAAAUAUAACAAACUGUUAAUGUACGCCACAGACGGUUGCCUGCUAUCACGCUUUCUGUUUUCACACCAUGGCAUGUGGCUUCCUCUAAGUAGGCUACUGUACAUGCAGUUGGAUAAGAGUUCAUUAACAUAAACCACUAUGUAAGGGUGUUGCACCGAAAUCUGUGAUGAGUCGAGAUCUGUGUCCCCCUUUUUAAAAUGCGUAGCACCACUUCAUAGUUAGGGAUAAGGGUUUGGUUCAUGUUUAGGUAGGGGACUCAGAUCUUGACGGGUCAAAGCUUACAGUGCCACAAGGGAAACUGCUGCUGUAAGUGGACUUUUUACCACUUCUUCUACCAUUUCAGGUUCUACCACUGCAAUAUUAGUUUAGGUUUAUAAAUUGCAUUUUUUUAGUAGGCUUUACAUUUUUAGUUUGGCUCACAUUUU